CCAAGCGGCAAGGCACAACUCACCAGCUCUUCAACUUUCUGCUUGCAGAGAUACAGCACACUAUGAACCACUAUCACUACCGAAGCAGAUAAUGAAAAUAAUACUGCAAAGCAUUUGCUUAAAGAACUGAAGCCUAUCCAGCUGCAAAGGAGCAGCUAAUGGGUAAAGCAGAGCAGACAGAAGACUGCACUCCAGCCAGUCUCCCAGCAAGAGAAGAGGCCCUGUGCCUGAGAAUGGAAGGUGCUCUAGACCCUUAACAAAAAGCACCACAGCUGCCAAAGGAACAAAGACACUGUGAGAUGUUCAACUCCAGCACAUACUCCUCAGGAAACAACUGCAGUCACAGCACAGUAAUAACUAAGACAGUCAUUCCCCUGGUCUACUGUUUGAUUUUCAUUUUAGGGCUGCGUGUGAACGGUGUGGCAGCAUGUAUCUUUCUGCAUGUUUCUAGCAAAAAGAGUUUUAUUGUCUAUCUCAAAAACAUCGUUGUUGCCGAUCUCCUAAUGAGCUUGACAUUUCCUUUCAAAAUUCUUGCCGAUUCAGAAAUUGCACCUCCACAGCUCAACACAUUUGUGUGCAGAUACUCUGCUGUUGUUUUUUAUACAAACAUGUAUAUCGGGAUAACGUUUUUUGGCCUCAUAGGUUUUGACAGAUACUACAAAAUUGUAAAGCCUUUACUCACCUCCUUUGUUCACACAGUUAACUACAGUAAGGUGGUCUCUAUAAUCAUAUGGCUAUUGUUAAUGCUUAUAUCAUUUCCAAAUAUUAUUUUAACUAAUGAAAUCACUAAAGAAAGUUAUUCCAGAAAAUGUAUAGGUCUUAAAAGUGAGCUUGGCAGACAGUGGCAUAAGGCGUCAAGUUAUAUUUGCACAGGGAUAUUCUGGGUUGUUUUUUUUCUGCUAAUAAUUUUUUACACUUCUAUAUCAAAAAAAAUAUAUAGCUCUUAUAAAAAAUUCAGAAGGAACUCAGAUGUGACCAAGAGAAAAAUCAGCCGUAAUAUAUUCAGUAUCAUGUUUGUAUUUGUCAUUUGCUUUGUACCCUAUCACCUCUGCAGAAUACCAUACACCCUAAGUCAAACUAGCUCACAAUUCAACUGCCAGUCAAAAAAAACUCUGUUCUACGCAAAGGAGUUUACUCUUGUACUGUCCGCUGCAAAUGUGUGCCUUGAUCCCAUUAUUUAUUUUUUCCUCUGCCUACCCUUUAAAGAAAAGCUGUAUCAAAAACUGCAUCUCAAGCUGAAAACUUCAAGUGAGGUUGAAAUUUCUAAAUCCAGAAGAUCAAAUACACUUCGGGGAAGUAUAAACAUAGUGUAGGUUCAGGUCUGUAAAAUAAUGCACAUUUCAGAAAGUUAUUCAAGAAUUCAAGUCUCCAAGAAACUGAACAGAUGAGAACCAGCAAUAAAACAGAAAAAAGGUUUCAGCAUAAAAUACCAAGUGAUGUUUCUCUGUAUAAAAACGUUAUUGCAUGUUGCCAAUAUAUUUACUAUGUGCUAUUUCAGCUGAUGCUAUGAUUGCAUUAUGGUGUGAUACGACCUAUCUGGAUCUAGAAAAAAAGAGAGAGGAAUAACUGGAACACCACAUUCUGGAGCUCAAGGCCAUGGUUCCCUGAAGGGAUUAUCCAACAGACGGAAUAAUCAAACUGAUUUGCUGUUGUUUCUCACAAAGCCAGGCACGAUACACAUGACGGUCAACAAACCAGCCUGAAGGGCCUGAGAACAACUGAUAGCUCCACCUUGGCUGGAGCAGACCCCUCAGAAGCAACACAAUGAAGUUCAGCACAAGUCUCUGACUUGGCCUCCACCAGCCCGUAAAAGAGGACUGAGACCCUGAAGGGAGGCUCUCUUGUGUAUUUACCAGCUCGCAAAGCAAAGCAUUGAAGGCAAUAUGCAGCUUAAGGAAGGACCCUAUUCCAACAACUGGCGAAAAAAGAUUAAAAAAAAAGAAAGAGAGAAAAAAAUACAGAUCAAGUCCUCAAAGAUCUA